AUGAAGAAGCAAAAGAUGGUUAUAAAGGUGCACCUGAACUGCGACAAAUGCAGAAGCAAGGCCCUCAAAAUGGCGGCAGCGGCAAAGGGUGUGAGUUCAGUGUCAAUAGAAGGGGCAGAUAGAGAUCAAUUGGCGGUGACCGGAGAAGGGACCGAUUCAGUUUGCUUGACUAAGGCGUUGAGAAGGAAAUUUGGCCAUGCCAGCAUCGUAACUGUGGAAGAAGUGAAAGACAAAAAAGAUGCUGAAGAAAAGAAGGAACAGUUCACAAUCCCAUUAUCAUGUUAUUAUCCACCAACCAUGGUUCAUGAAUAUCAAUACGAUAGUGGUUGCGUCAUCAUGUGA